AUGAGACUAUCUUCUUUGCUGGCAGUGGCCCUCCUAGGGCACUGUCAAGUCCAAGCUGCAGCCGUUUUCGCGCACUUCAUGCUGAUGAACGCGGAAAACUACACGGUGACCGACUGGCAAACAGACAUCCAAGCAGCCCUAGACGCUCACAUUAAUGCGUUUGCGCUGAACAUGGCUGUUGACUCCAGAGUUGCUGAAAUUCUGCCAACUGCUUUCCAGGCUGCCCACGACAAGCAUUUCUCAUUGUUCUUUUCCUUUGACUACGCCGGGAACGGUCCGUGGAAAGCAGGUGACGUGGCCGCGCUCCUAGAGCAAUACACAGCAUCGACUGCGUAUUACCUGUACAAAGGGCAAUAUAUUGUGUCCACAUUCGAGGGCCCUGCGCAUGCAGAGGACUGGAUCGAUCUGAAGCAACAGUACAAUGUCUUUUUCGUCCCUGAUUGGUCUUCCAUUAGUGCCAAGCCAGCUUCGCAAUUGGGUGGUGGCGUGGCAGAUGCUCUCUUCAGUUGGGCAGGGAAUGACUAUGGCAAGUCUCACUAUAUUGGACCCCUCUACGACUAUGCCAUAGAGGCCUUCACGAUUGGGAAGGCCCCUAGUAACUUUGCCAAGGAUAUACCGCAUGAUGGUACCGGAGCCACUCCUAUCGAUGGGCUGGAGGACCAUAGUCUUUGCAAUUUUGCGUAUAGCCAUAGGUAUUGUCCGGAAGGCGCCUGUGUUAAGGCCGGCAGUAAGAGCUCCGGCGAGGUCUAUAUUCCUCCGGGUAUCUGGGAUAACACGGAUCCCGAGGUUCAAUGCAUCCUACCAUACAAGAUCAUUUUACCCCCGUUCCCACUAGGCUCAACGACGACUAUUCAGUUCCCUUCCAUAGUCAGUUCUGUAUGGACAAGGUCAGGCACCUCGACCGGCACAAAGACUACCAUUCUUAACGUCCCAUCACUGGUUACCGAUAAGGUUCCCUUUUGGCCCGUUGUCAUCGGUGCCGAUACCUCCCCUACUAGAUUUUAUCCCCUUCAAAGCUUCAUGCCGGAGUCGUCGGAGCUUGUGCUUUCGGGCGACGAAGCUCCCUUCUCCCCAGUUCCAUCGGGCAGCGCAACGCCGGCACCCGUCUUCCCAGGGGCCCCUUACACUGUUACUUACCAGCCCCAGGCCACGAAGUCGAUUUCAUUGAGUGUAAAUAUUCCUUCUGUUACCUGGUCGAGCGCUAGUCCAACUGAAUCCUGUACCAGCGGCUGUGGUACCGACAGUUGCAAACUUUUUGGUGGAUGCGACUCGACAGACCCAAUCGAUGAUUGUGGUCUUUAUGGCUGCGGAGGAGGAUGCAGCAUUCAAAGCUGUGACCAGUCCUGUGGCGUCGCUUGCUCUACUGACCAACAUCAUCUUGACUCCGAUAGCACCGGCAGCAGUGGAGGUGGUGGCGGCGGAGGGAGCGAUAGUGGAAGCAGCAGCAGUGGUGGGAGCGCCGAUGGCCAGCAGGCAAAUCUCCCCAUGGACUACGACGGGCCGGACGGCCUCGCUAAUGGCGAGUGGAAUCCGACGCCCAUCCUUGUCGAAGAUGCCGCGGCAGUCACGAGCGGAAUGUCCGCCAUUAUGGCCCAAGGGACGCCGUGUUUCGAGUCCGCUUUGUCACUUUUGACUGCCUCGCAAACGGUACCCGCGGAUCUGUAUUCUACGGUUCAUGCCUCAGCAACUUCCCUCAAGCAGUCCAUGUCCACUCAAAUCAGUGAUUUGAAGGAUAAGAUCAAUGCUGCGGAUCCCGAAAACUUCCAAGCGGUCACUUCAUGGUUUACCACCUGGCAGGACGAUUUCAACGUCCGGGUUGACUCGAUGAUUCAAGGCAUUGAGGAGCCCUACGCUGAAAUCGAAUUGCAAGUAUCACUUGGAAGAGCACAAGACGAUGUCGACAUCUUCAGCGAAGCAGCGAGCAUUGAAGCCAAUGAAGAUAUAUGCGAGAUUAACCCAAAUAUGGGCUCUAGCACUCAUCCCAUUACCCGAAAGCGUGCAAUUCCCCCAUCAUGCGCACCGGACUUUCAAGGAGACCCGGGCGAGCCUUCCAAUGCAGCUAAGAUACCGGAAUGGAUCGGCUGCGACACCCGACUUGGUUUUGAGUACGCUAGCAGCGCCGACAUUCUCGGUGCGAUGAAGCAGGGAAUUAAAUACUUCCUCUCCAAUGCGAGGGGCGUCCCGCGCUCUGGUCAACCGGACUGGCAGACUGCCGCAAAGGCCGCAUAUCCCCACAUUUACAGCAAUAGCGACAACAUUGACUUCUCUGAUGAAUGCAUGAAUGCCGGAGGUGACUAUACUGGAUUUAUUGAGUUUCCUAUCAUGCCUGAUGGGAGCAUCUUGGAGGCCGGACGAAACUCUCGUAUUGACGUUGGUGUACAGCGUGUUGUGUUCAAGGCCAAGGCGAGCAGAGACAGAGCCGCUACUGAUUGGAGUUAUCUCUAUUGUGGUGUGAUGAGCCAUUUCACAAAUCUCCUAGAGACGCACAUCAUCGAUGGUGAGCCGAAGAGGGUUUUGCCUUUCAAACUCUGUGAGGCCACUUGCGCAUCUGACGUGGUUGGGCAAUGCAGCUGGAUGUGGGCUUGA